AUGUAUCUAUGUAUAUAUCUGUCUUGGUCUAUUCAUUUUCUAUCUAUCUAUCUAUCUAUCUAUCUAUCUAUCUAUCUAUCAUCUAUCUAUCUAUCUUCUGUUCAUAUCUAUCUAUCUAUCUAUCUUGGUCUGUUCAUUAUAUAUCUAUCUAUCUCUCUAUCUAUUUCAGUCUGUUCAUAUCUAUCUAUCUAUCUAUCUUGGUCUGUUCAUUAUCUAUCUAUCUAUCUAUUUCAGUCUGUUCAUAUCUAUCUAUCUAUCUAUCCAUCUAGUGCUCUCAGGCGCGGCUGUCUCUCUUUGGGAAGAGUGCUCUCAGGGGCGGCUGUCUCUCUUUGGGAAGAGUGCUCUCAGGGGCGGCUGUCUCUCUCUUUGGGCAGAGUGUGCUCAGGGGCGGCUCUCUCUCUUUGGGCAGAGUGCUCUCAGGCGCGGCUGUCUCUCUUUGGGCAGAGUGCUCUCAGGGCGGCUGUCUCUUUGGGCAGAGUGCUCUCAGGGGCGGCUAUUGGUGGUUUGCAUCUAUUCAUCUAUCUAUCUAUCUAUCUAUCUAUCUAUCUAUCUAUAUCGCCCCAACUACUGUGCUUCUUCUUGUUUCUUUUUAACGGAAGAAACAUUUAUCAAACGAUAACAGAAAGCAGUGUUGCUUUCCUUGUCGCAGUCGCUGUCAUGGUGACAGAUGACGAAUGUGGUCAUUACAUGUUGUCAUGUCGACAAAGCAGGCGUCAGUCUUUCUUAUGGUCAUUUGUUUCUAUCUUAGCUUUCUUUUUUAUUUUAUUCUUUAUUAGGAUUACUUCCUUUUUCGAAUACUUUCAAUUGUUAACUUUUCUUUCUUUCUUUCGGUCUUUCUUUCUUUCUUUUUCAGCUUUCCUUUCUGUCUUUAUUCUUUAUCUACGUUACUUCUUUUUUCUAUACUUCCAAGUGAUACCUUUUUCUUUCUUUCUUUUUUUUCUUUCUUUCUUUCUUUCUUUCUUUUUUCUUUCUUUCUUUCUUUCUUUCUUUCUUUUUUUUUUUUUCUUUCUUUCUUUCUUUCUUUCUAAACCUUGCAUUCUGUUUAUAUUCUUUAUUAUAGUUAACUUUUCAUUACUUUUAAGCGUUUCAUUUUAUUUCUAUUUUCCUUUCUUCUUCUUUCUUUCUUUUUCUUUUUUCUUUCUUUCUAUUUUCAUUCUACUUCCAAGCGUUACAUUUUAUUUUAUUUUUCCUUUCUUUCUUUCUUUCUUUCUUUCUUUCUUUCUUUCUUUCUUUCUUUCUUUCUUUCUAAGCAUUGCAUUCUGUUGUCAUUCUUUACUAGAGUUAAUUUCUAUACUUGUAAGCGUUACCAUUUUUUUCUUUCUUUCUUUCUUUCUUUCUUUCUUUCUUUCUUUCUUUCUUUCUUUCUUCUCUCUUUCUAAGAUUUGCAAUAUGUUUUCAUUCUUUAUUAAGGUUACUUUCUUUUUCUAUACUUCCAAGUGUUACUUUUUCUUUCUUUCUUUCUUUCUUUCUUUCUUUCUUUCUAACAAUUCUUUUACAUUGUUUUCAUUCUUCGUUAGCGUUACUUUCUUUUUUUUUCAUACUUCCAAGGCGUUACCUUUCAUUUCUUUCUUUCGUUCUUUCUUUCUAUAUUCCAAAUAUUAUCAUUAUUUCCUUCCUUUCUUUUUUCUUUUUUUUACUUCCUUUACUACCCUUACCUUUUCUUUCAUCUUUCUUUCUUUCUUUCGUUUCUUUCUAAGCUUUGCUUUUUGUUUCAUUCUGUUUUUAUAUUUACAAGGUUUACCUUUUCUUUCUUUAUUCUUUCCUUCAUUCUUUCAUUUUAAACUUUGCUCGUUACCUCUUAUAUUCUUUGUCCUUUCAUUAUUUUUCUUUCUUUCUUUCUUUCUUUCUUUCUUUCUUUCUUUCUUUCUUUCUUUGGUUACGUUCUGUCUUUAUACUUCCAAGGGUUACUCUUUCUUUCUUUCUUUCUUUCUUUCUUUCUUUCUUUCUUUCUUUCUAAGCUUUGCUUUCUGUUUUCAUUCUUUAUUAGUGUUACUUUCUGUUUCGUUGCGUUUUAUUUCCUUUCUUUCUUUCGUUCUUUCUUUCUUAACUUUGGAUUCUCAUGUUCUUUUAUGUAAUUCUUUCUUUUUUUCCUUUAUUCUUUCUUUCUUUAUUCUUUCUUUCUUUUUUUUAACUUUUUGUCAUUUUUUAUUAGAGUUACUUUCUUUUACAUUACUUCGAAGCGUACCCCUUGAUUUCCUUCUUUAUUUCCUUUUCUUUCUAAGAUUUGAAUACUGUUCUCAUUCUUUACUAAAUUACUUUCUGUUUUUAUGCUUCCCAUUGUUAUCUAUUCUUUCUUUCUUUCUUUCUUUCUUUCUUUCUUUCUUUACAUCCUGUUUUCAUUCUUUAUUAAAGCUACUUUCUUUUUCUAUGCUUGUCAACGUUACUAUUUCUUUCUUUUUUUCUUUUUUUCUUUUGUUUCUUUCAAAGCUUUGCUUUCUCUUUUCAUUCUUUAUUAGGAGUACAUUCUGUUUUGUACUUACAAGGGUUACCUUUUACGUCU